GGGCGUUCGUUUUGCUCAGUCUUGCACCAGACGAUCAACGACUCAGUUCAGAUCACCACUCAAGAUCUGCUAUUUAUUACGUUUGAAGCUUGGACGCGUUUGAUCGGCUAGAAUCGCUCGACUCGACUCGACGUCGACGAGACUUGCUGACUUGUUGAGGCAGUCCCGAACUGCUGCGGUGUGACAAGAUAAUAAGGCAUUCCAUCGAAGAAAGUGAUUUGUGAGCGGCGUGCUAAUCGGAUUCGCGUGAUCUCUCUAGACAAGGAAGGUGGAAUUAGAACGAUUCGAUCCGAUCCGAGUGAGUGUUGUGUUGGCCUAGUUAUAGAGAAGCAUCCUGUGGCAGACAAUAGACCAUUCUAUGGAAAGUGGAACCGCUGGGCAGGACGGUAAUUAGACGUCGCCGUAGCUGAUCAAGGCCCAUCGGACGCGCGAAUCGCGAAUGUUGUGGAGAAUCGCGGUCAGUCAGUACAAGCGAAGAUCAACAACGAUCAAGUGGACUUUCGUGGGGGCCCCUAUUUAUAGAAUUCGAGUCGAUUUCGGGAAAAUAACAACCGACCGACGGCUUGUUUUCCUCUAGCAGAGCAGCUGAUGUGUGAGCCUCCCCCGUUCGCCGGAACAAUUCGGGGCACUUAGGGGCGCGUGUGAUAGCUGUUGUUGUCGAAACAACCCAGCUAAGAAAAAAAGAAGAAAAGCCGGUGGCGAUCAUACGGUGAAACAAGAGACGCAAAUCUCAUCGAUCAAUUCUUUGCUCGUCGAACACAUAAACAAAAAACAAUUCAAAUUCAUAAAAACAGAGCGGAAGCAAAAAUCGGAAGCAAUCGACAAGACACCAUAAUGGAGAACGAUCCGCAAGCCUUCAAUGCGAAGCUGGCGAAAGAGUACGAAGUUCCAAUGGUCUCGAUGGACGGUGAAGCUCAUCCGGAAAUCACCCUGGCAGCAGUCGGAUUGGGCAUUAUCGUGGCAUGCAUCAUCCUCAUCACUCUGAUAGCGCUUAUCAGUCGCAGAAAGAGACACUUCUCCCAAAACAUUGGCAACCAACGAAACGCGACGGAAAUCUUCACCAUCACAAAACCCGUCGAUGACGCACACAGCUGUCGAAGUUGCCGAAGCUCAACGGUGACCAUCUCCUCGGACAUCGUUACCGAAAUUUGAAAUUCCGGUUGUUUGACCUUAACCCCCUUAGGGAUGAUGAUCCUGCUUUAGACUGAAUCUGAUAUGAUGUGGUACCUCUCGUGAGGAGUACCGAAGUGUUUGCACACAUGUUGUUAUGCGCUGAAUGGCGUUCUUUUGUAUUCCACUGAUUUUAAUUGCGAUUGUAGUUUCUAUGUGAUAGCAUUUAGACAAUCAUGAUAAAUUGUACAUUUUAUUCGUAGAUCAUAUAUAUCGUAUGUGUAUAUUAAAGCAACCAUCCGCGGCUUGCGGUGGAUCACUGUUGG